GUUCAAUAGACGCUCGAAGUAAAUAAACUUUUAUAUAUGUUCGAAGUUAAUUAACUUGUAUUGACUCUCGGAUACAAUAAGAUUGCACUGAAUAUCAAAUUUAAAACGGAAAAAAGCUCGUUCGUUAAAACACUGAAAGAAAAGGUCGUUGAGUACAAUUUUGUAAGUUCACAGCGAAAACCUGAAAAAAACCAAGACACAUAACUCACAUGACACACUGCAUGCAUGACCCACUACCCGCAUGAAACGCUACAAACAUGAGUUAUAUAUGAGACAAGUUAAUUAAUAAACACGUACCACGCCACACCGACGCCAGUCACAUGCAGUACCCAGCUUCACACACGAGGUUGCUAUAACCAUCAAGGAAAUAUAGCUAGUAAUUCCUCCACGAUGACCACGUCUCUAGAGAAGCGGCGGGAGCUGGGGUGCACCAGCGCCGCGCCCUUUUACAGCCUCCCCACCAGGAAGACCUCAGCGCAGAUCAUUGCAGAGGCGCGGCAGGACAUCACCCUGAAGGAGGGUGGGGUGUUCGCAGCGACGCUGCCACGUACCGGCGUGCGCACCGUCAACACCAAGAGGCCCUUCACGCCGCGGUGUCAGGAGAGGACUUUGUUCGGCACCCCUGCUGCCCUGCGGGGAGAACGGCCGCCCAGUUCCUUCACGCUUUCCCCGUUGCAAUUUGACCCCAAUGACCCCAGCGGACGAACUACCGUCCUCGCCGAGAUCCGAGAGCAGGAGCCACUAGAGGAGGUCACCGUCUAUGACCUGGACUGCACGCUGGAGGACGCCGCCCUCAGGACGCUGCUCAAGGACCGGCCCCUGAAGAAGGCUGUGCCGCAGCUGCACCCCAUCAGGAAGACGUCGCUGCCGGCGCCCCUUGAGGCCACCGACGCGUCCACGUACACUUCGCUGCCGCCAGACGCCCUCCUUACUGAUCCCCGCGAGGCCUCCACUUCUCCCCGCACAAAGCUGCCGUCAUGGGCAGCCGACAGUCUCAAGAGCAACGCCGAGCCGGGGCGCGCCGAGCCGGGGGGCAUCAUGCCAGGAAGAUUAGAGCAAGUGGGUGUCGAACAAAAGGGAGACGGGCAGCUACGCGAGAGGAGCGAAGAGGAGCAGGCACUGAUCUUCGAGCAGAAAAUCGCCCCCGUGCUCGACGAAAUCACGCGAGCCGUGGCCAGUGGAGUGAGUGAGGCGGUGCUGGGGGAGCUGGUGGAGAAGCUGUACGGACAGCUGGUGGAGCAGCAGCUGGUGGGGCGCCAGGCGCUCCAUCGCAGUUCCAUCCUGCGCGUCGUCUUCAGGCUCGUGGACCGCGAGCACGGGGGCCUGCUGGCAGCGCUGGCACGCGUCAUGCUGGCACUACGAGUGAGCGGCAACAACCUGACGUCGGUGAUGAAGCUCGUCUUCAAAGUGACUCGAGACGCCGGCAACGACGAACUUUUCCUGACAGGUCCUCUGCUGGGGCUCCUGCUGGAGGCCGUGGGACGCCUGUCUCCUCUUGAGAGCGCGGAGGCUGCGGUGUAUGGCUACGGCGCCCUCAAGUUCCUGACGAUGAACAGCGCCCUCUGCACCAGACUCCUGGCGAGGGGCGUCAUCGAGCUCCUUACUCUGCACAUGAUGAUCAUUGUUAAUGAGAUGGAGGAGCGUGGGUCGGUGCCGCAGCAGACGGGCUACGCGCUCGUGCAGCUGACGGCGACGCUGCGCCACGUGAGCAGCAGCGAGCGCGCCUACCCGCAGCUGCUGCAGGCGAACACCGUGCAGCAGGCGUGUCGUCUGCUGGCAGCCUUCCAGCACGAUGCUGACAUUACGGCCAACCUGGCCAGGAUAUUGAGGAAACAGAAAGUGCCCAAACAUCAGCUUCCUGCUAAUGCUGUCGGUCUGAGCAAUGAGUUCGUAAUGCCUGCGUCCUCGGUUCGCAACAUCGGCAUUCAGCUGGACUCGGAACCUUCAAUUAACAGUCACAUUGCCAAAGUCACCACCGCUUGUUUCGGCGCUCUGCGGCGAAUUCGUAGCCUGUUCCCCCUCAGUGCCUAG